CACACACACCCACUCUCACACACUCUGUCUAGUACCUAACUUCUUGGACUAUUGCUGCAGCGCUACAGUGAGGUACGCUCGGAUUGUUCAAAUACAUGUGGCUGUGCUGCAGAGCUCUGCUGGAGGUAGCUGCUUUCCCCGGGGGACCUUAAGUGUACAGAUGGUUUGAGCAGUCAAGAGAAAACUUUAUGACAGCUAAUUUCAGCUCUGCUGUACUUCCCCUUUUGACUGGCUCUGAAGCUACUGGGUUUUAUGGAGCUGAAAAGGCAGCCUUUGAUGUGAAUUCUGCUUGUUUCUUCUUCUUGUGGAUUCUUUUUUUUAAAUAUCACUUUUUGUUGGAAUACCCUGGCAGUCUGAAGGAAAAAUCUAUAAGCCUUAUAAUGGACGACCACAGUGGCUCCAACAACAGCCCCCAGUCAGGCAGGGCGAGGCAGAAUGUCAUUAAGUGUGGGUGGCUAAGAAAGCAAGGGGGCUUUGUCAAGACUUGGCACACACGCUGGUUUGUUCUCAAGGGGGACCAGCUUUAUUAUUACAAAGAUGAAGAUGAAACUAAAGCACUGGGAACCAUUUUCCUACCCGGAAACAGAGUCACUGAGCAUCCAAUCAAUGGCGAGGAACCUGGAAAAUUUCUUUUCGAGGUUGCCCCAGGUGGAGAUCGGGAGCGGAUGACAUCCAAUCAUGAAACAUACCUUCUUAUGGCCAGCACCCAGAAUGACAUGGAGGAUUGGGUAAAGACCAUUCGCAGAGUCAUAUGGGCCCCGUUUGGUGGAGGUAUUUUUGGUCAGAAGCUGGAGGAGACGGUUCGAUUUGAGAGGAGAUUUGGGAACAAGAUGGCUCCCAUGCUGGUGGAGCAGUGUGUGGAUUUCAUUCGACUGAGAGGGCUCAAGGAAGAGGGGCUCUUCAGGCUGCCUGGACAAGCCAACUUGGUCAAGGAAUUACAGGAUGCCUUUGACUGUGGGGAAAAGCCAUCAUUUGACAGCAAUACAGAUGUGCACACAGUUGCCUCCUUGCUCAAGCUAUAUUUAAGAGAGCUUCCAGAGCCAGUCAUUCCUUUCGCAAAAUAUGAAGAAUUUCUGACCUGCACUAAACUUCUCACCAAGGAUGAAGAAACUGGGAUGAAGGAUCUGAUUACGCAAGUAAAGAGCUUGCCUCCAGUCAAUUACAACUUACUUCAGUACACCUGCAGAUUCCUGGAUGAGGUCCAGUCCUAUUCAGGUGUUAACAAGAUGAGUGUUCAGAACCUGGCCACUGUCUUUGGACCAAACAUUCUGCGUCCUAAAAUGGAGGACCCUAUGACAAUCAUGGAAGGUACAGUGCUGGUGCAGCAGCUAAUGUCUGUACUGAUCGGAAAGCAUGACCAGGUGUUCCCCAAAGAAGAGGAGAAUCAAACUGCACUAGAGGUCUGCAACAACAACGCAACCCAAACCAAACUAACGACUGGCCAGCUUCAGAACAAAGAGAACAACAACACAAAGGAGAACUCUGUUAGACAGUGCUCCUGGGAGAAACCUGAAUCUCCACAAAGAAACAGUGCGGACAACGGUUCCCCAACCUCCUUGGGUGGCAACAGGUCAGGCAGCCCACGGAACAGCCUGACAGGAAAAUUCGAUAUAACAAGAAGCCCCCCUCUCAUGGUAAAGAAGAAUCCAGCCUUUAACAAAGGCAGUGGUAUAGUGACCAAUGGGUCCUUCAGCAGCUCGGCAGACGUUCAGGAGAAGAGUCAGACCCUGCCUAACGGUAGCCUGCAGGCCAGGAGGACAUUGUCAUUGAAAGGCUCAGGGACUAAAAUGGGCACCGGCAGUGUGCCAAAUGGAGGAGUGAGAAUGGGCCUUUCGAGCACUGAUGUAAUGAGCGGCACCCUAAAUGGUCGUAAUGGUAUAUGGAUGCCCAAUGGGUAUGUCACAAUGAGGGACAAUAAACAAAAGGACUCUGUUAAUGACCCGUCGACGCAGCAGAACAGACUGUCCACCUACGACAAUGUUCAGCAGCAGUCCUCCGUGGUGAACUGUGAGGACAAGCAGAGUGUGGACAGUGCCACGUGGUCCACCUCAUCUUGCGAAAUCUCAUUACCGGACAACUCCAACUCCUGUCGUUCUUCCACGACCACCUGCCCUGAGCAGGACUUCUUUGGUGGGAAUUACGAGGAUCCAAUCUUAGACGGACCUUCACAAGAUGACCUUUCUCAGCCUGUUGAGUUUGAUGCCAAGUUUGACCGGCGGAGUGGAGGAGGCCGCAGCAGUCGGGCCACAAGCAGCAGUGACAACAGUGAAACGUUUGUAGUGAACACGACCAGCAACCACAGUGCCCUGCAUAGUCUCGUAGCCAGCUUAAAGCAGGAAAUGGCAAAGCAGAAGACAGAGUUUGAGUCAAGAAUAAAGAGCCUGGAACAGAGGAACUUUGAACUAGAAACAGAAAUGGUAUCGCUACAUGAUGAACUGGAUCAGGAGAGGAAGAAGUACACAAUGGUAGAAAUAAAAAUGAGGAAUGCUGAACGGGCCAAGGAAGACGCCGAAAAGAGAAAUGAAAUGCUGCAAAAGGAAAUGGAGCAGUUUUUUUCCACGUUUGGGGAACUGACAGUGGAUCCUCGGAGGCCUGAGAGAGGCAAUACUAUAUGGAUCCAGUGAACCGUGGACAAUACAGGGCCAGGGCCCUUCAGAGAAGACUGUUGCUCUGAGGGUGGGGUAUCAGGUGGCUGGUCACCUGACUGAGGCUAGCACUCAUGUCAUGAACCUAGAAGGAAAACCAAGGUGGAUUUCCUGCAAGUAUUUUUAUUGUGUACUUACCAAAUAUAUAAUCUAUAAAGUCCUUCUAUGUUACUGUUAAGUGUUAUAGCUGGUUGUGCAUAUAGCUAAAAAAAAGAACUAUGUCAACAAAAAAUUAUGCAUCUGGUAUAAGGAAUAUUUUAAUGCAAGUGUUGUGGUUAAACUGAUAAUUCAUAUUGUUGUGUUGCAUUUAAGCUUUACAUCAAGGAUUUCCCUUGCACUUAACAUUAAUUCUUCUUAUUAUUAUUUGCAUUGUGGUACUGUCAGCCUUUUUUCACUCCUAUUCUGGGUUUUAUUCAGAAGAAAAGUGGUAACAAUAAUUGUGGCUAUGCAUUAUGUGCCAUUAGGCUUGUCCAUGACCAAAAAAAGAAAAAUAUUUUCUAAAAUAUAAUAGAUGCAUUACCUUUGCUUCCUUUGUCUUUAUAUUACAUACUGUAGAUUUACUUCCACAAGUUUAUAAAGGGACGGAUUUCGAAUGGCAAAAUGGAAUACAGCAUUUAGUGGUGACCAUGUAUUAAAAACUUAAUAACUGCUCAACCAAUAACAUUUUAAAGUAAAUUGAUAGUAAUAGUAAUCAAACAAUCUUUGCACACUGGGAGCCACUAUCCAUUUGACAAUAAGCUAGUUUGUCAUGAUAAACCAAAUUCCAACAAACAAGUUAUAAAAUACCCGUUGAGAGCUGUCAUCAAAUUUGUUGUAAAUUUAGGGGUCUGACUGCACCUUGUAUUAAAAACUUUUAACGAUAGCUUAUAUUUAGUAGUAAAUUAAUAUUAAUCUUCCCAGCGUUCAAACAAGCUUUCCACUACAAGAGCUGCUAUCUAAUUGUCAAGAAGCUGUUUGUGAUGAUUAAUCAAUCAGCACACAGCCACAGUGACAGCAUGGCUGGUCUGUACGAAAGCGCAAUCAAAUGAAGUCAAAGACAGCCAGGUGACUCAUAGGCGCUUGGGGUGGCAAAUAGGAGCUACCGGUCCAUCAUCAGAUCUCAGUCUACUCUUUGAUCCAAACUCGUGUGUCAACAAAUUGUUUUACUUGGUGUUGUAUCCAUGAUACAAAAAAUUUUUUAAAAUCCUUUAUCAUUCAAACCUUAAAAAACACACACAUCAGUUUCCAAUUUCAAAGUUUUCCUUUAUUUUCAGUCACAUACAUAUAUUUAUUUUUACAUACAUGGUACCUUUAAAAUGUUGAGUGCCUGAUCAGUUAUUAUUAUUAGUAUUUUUUUUUAAUUCAGACCUAUCCUGGAGCUGGAGAUUGAAAAACGGGCAUACUUACAAAGCACUGCAGUAGGAACCUGAUACAGAAAUUCAAUUUUACAUCUUAACAAAAUGGUUCACAAACAGUAGAGAAAAAAAAGAAACACCACCUGAUUUUGUAUUUGUCUUUUGAAUUAGACAUGACACAAGUUUCUAAACAUUUAAUUGUAUCUAUAGUAACAGCAGCCACCCUUGCCCCUAUUGGAGUGAAUUGUUUAUUGCAUUGUAUUUUAUAUGAGAAAAACAUGUCCACUGACUUAAAACAAGUCCAUUGAUAGCACUGCCAGUAUUGAUGACUGCUUACUAAACAUACAGACCCUUAACAUUAAAUGUGUUGAAUUAAAAACUAUUUAGUUUAGAGUUCAAACAGGAUAGGUGGUAAACCUAUGAGAAAACAUGAUUUGUAUAAUAUACAUCAUACAAUUAUGCAAGCAGUAGUUCUUGGUCGUUCCUGACAAAUCUUUUUCUCUAAUGGACUUGCCAAGCAUAAUAAUCUGCAAUGAGGUAUAAUAUUUUAAACAUGUUCAAAAGUAUGUUUGUAUGAAUAGCCUAAGCUUGGAUUUGUUUUAAAAAGUCUGUAGUGAGACAGAACUUUCAGAAGGGGUUUAGGUAAAAAAAAACAUAACAAAACAAUAAAAGCAAUCAUAUUUAUCAAUGGAGAAUUUCCUGGCCCAAUCUCUUGUCACCAAGGGAGAAAUGCUGUUUCUGUUUGACAGGUAGGAUUGCUUCAACUGAUGAGUUUCAAAGGAAUAUGGAUGGGGCACCUAUGAUAACCCCAGCACCAAGCUUACCUACAGUAUUAUACUUGUUACAGGUAAUCCGAAAGGAUUUAUUUUCAAGAACUUCAAUGUCUUUUUUAGUAUCAGAAGAUUUGAAAACCUUGCAGUGUUAUCAUUAUGAAAUAUGGGCCCUGUAUGCUCCAGGUUUUGUUUUAGUGUAGAUUUCCAAAAUAAGGUAAAAUAAAAAUGUGAUUCUAAGGCAGCAUGAACAGGAACUUGACUUUUAAAGUUCCAAUACAAAAUUUACUACAG